AUUUCUCCUCGUGUCUCUUUCUUUCUUGCUCCCCCGUCAACCCCAACACUGUCACAGUCAUUCGAAACAAACGCCACUUUCUUUCUUCUUUCGCUAUAAACAUCUCAACAAGCUUUGUAUCAAUAUCCAAAGUUAACAUUUUUCCAAACAGAAAGAGCAUGAAACUAAACUCAUCUUUGAGAACACUCACUUACAUUUCAACAAACCCAAUUCUCAGACUUAGACAUUACUCUGUUUCACGUGAUCCUCACAUUGCACUACACCUGUUCGACGAAACUCCUCACAGACUAACAACUCUCAAACAACAUAACCAAUUACUCUUCACGUACUCACGCAAUAACCAACCCAAAGAAGCAUUCCACUUAUUUGUUUCCCUUCUUCGGUCUUCUUUACCGCCGGAUGAAUCAACAUUCUCAUGUGUUUUCAAACUCUGUGCUGGUUCUUUUGAUGGGACAAUGGGUAGACAAGUUCAUUGUCAAUGUGUUAAAUUUGGACUUGUGCAUCAUGUUAGUGCAGGGACUUCACUUGUUGAUAUGUAUAUGAAAACUGAGAGUGUUGAUGAUGGGAGAAGAGUUUUUGAUGAGAUGGGUGAGAGAAAUGUUGUGUCUUGGACUUCCUUGCUCGCGGGUUAUUCGUUGAACGGACUUUAUGAUUAUGUAUGGGAGUUGUUUUGUCAGAUGCAGUUUGAGGGUUUUUUGCCUAAUCGGUAUACUGUGUCUACUGUGAUUGCAGCUUUGGCUAAUCAUGGUGUUGUUGAUGUAGGAUUGCAGAUUCAUGCCAUGGUUGUGAAACAUGGUUUUGAGGGAGCGAUACCUGUUUGCAAUUCUCUGAUUAUUAUGUAUUCUAGGUCAGGGUUGUUAAGUGAUGCUAGAAAUGUUUUUGAUAGAAUGGAGAACAGGGAUUGGGUUUCUUGGAAUAGCAUGAUUGCAGGACAUGUGACAAAUGGACAGCAUUUGGAGGUUUUUGAAACUUUUAAAAACAUGCAACUUGCAGGGGUUAAACCUACUUACAUGACAUUUGCUAGUGUUAUUAAGUCGUGUGCUAGCCUUAAAGAAUUGUUGUUAGUAAGAUUGAUGCAGUGUAAAGCUUUGAAAAGUGGUUUUACCGAACACCAAAGUGUCAUAACUGCACUCAUGGUAGCGUUGAGUAAGUGCAAGGAAAUGGACGAUGCGUUUAGUCUAUUCUCGUUGAUGGAAGAAGGUAAAAAUGUGGUGUCAUGGACUGCUAUCAUCAGUGGCUACUUGCAGAAUGGUGGCACUGACCAGGCUGUGAAUUUGUUUUCUCAGAUGAGGAGAGAAGGUGUAAAACCAAAUCAUUUCACGUAUUCUGCCAUCCUUACUGUGCAGCAUGCUGUUUUUGUUUCCGAAAUGCAUGCCGAAGUUAUCAAAGCUAAUUAUGAAAAGUCAUCAUCAGUAGGAACUGCACUUUUAGAUGCGUAUGUUAAGAUAGGAAAUAUUAAUGAUGCUGUUAAAGUCUUCGAGAAAAUUGAAGCGAAGGACUUAAUGGCAUGGUCAGCAAUGUUAGCAGGAUAUGCACAAACAAGAGAAACCGAAGAAGCUGCUAAAAUCUUCCGCCAAUUGAUAAAAGAAGGGAUUCAACCAAAUGAGUUUACAUUUUCCAGCAUCAUAAAUGCCUGUGCUGCUCCUACCGCGGCAGCAGAACAAGGAAAACAGUUUCAUGCAUAUGCGGUUAAAAUGAGAUUGAAUAAUGCUAUAUGUGUCUGUAGUUCUCUUGUUACUAUGUAUGCAAAGAGAGGCAAUAUCGAUAGUGCACAUGAAGUUUUCAAAAGGCAGAAGGAGAGGGACUUGGUUUCUUGGAACUCAAUGAUCUCUGGAUAUGCACAACAUGGCCAGGCCAAGAAAGCUUUAGAGGUAUUUGAUGCGAUGCAAAAACGAAACAUGGAAGUGGAUGCUGUAACAUUCAUUGGAGUCAUCACUGCCUGCACUCAUGCUGGCCUAGUGGAAAAAGGUCAAAACUACUUCAAUUCAAUGAUCAAUGAUCAUCGCAUUAAUCCAACAAUGAAGCACUACUCCUGCAUGAUCGAUCUAUAUAGCCGUGCAGGGAUGCUGGAAAAAGCCAUGGAUAUCAUAAAAGAGAUGCCGUUUCCACCUGGUGCAACUGUGUGGCGCACUCUCCUGGGAGCCGCUCGAGUACACCGCAACAUAGAGCUCGGAGAACUUGCUGCUGAGAAACUUAUUUCUCUUCAGCCAGAAGACUCGGCUGCAUAUGUCCUAUUAUCCAAUAUGUAUGCUGCAGCAGGAAACUGGCAAGAGAGAACCAAUGUGAGAAAACUAAUGGACAAGAGAAAAGUGAAAAAAGAACCAGGGUAUAGUUGGAUCGAGGUUAAAAACAAAACAUACUCAUUCUUGGCCGGUGAUUUGACACAUCCUUUGUCGAACCAAAUUUACUCAAAACUUUCAGAGUUAAGUAUCAGGUUGAAAGACGCAGGUUAUCAACCUGAUACAAACCUUGUAUUUCAUGAUAUUGAAGAUGAACAGAAAGAAACUAUUCUUUCUCAACACAGUGAAAAGUUAGCAAUUGCUUUUGGUUUAAUAGCUACACAUCCUGAAAUUCCCAUCCAAAUUGUGAAGAAUCUAAGGGUAUGUGGAGAUUGUCAUAACUUUAUCAAGUUAGUGUCACUCAUUGAACAGAGAUAUAUUGUUGUCAGAGAUUCAAAUCGGUUUCAUCACUUUAAAGAUGGAUCCUGCUCAUGUGGGGACUACUGGUGAUAUUCGAGCUAUAGUGUGUAAUUUUGAAGAUGCUUAGCAUUAUUAGACCUUUUUCUUUGGCAGAGAGAAAUAUAAAUUAGGGGAGACAACCAUCAUGCUAGAUCAUGAAGAACACCAACUUCAUUGAAUACUUACAAUGAAGUUUAUGUAUAACCUACUAGUCUUGAAAUUUCACAGACGGUUGCAAAUCACAGAGGGUUUGAGAAGGUUGGACUGCAGUUGGCGUCUGCGUUAUACCUUUGUUUGCCAGAGAAUCCCUGAAAGCCUUAUGCAAAGAGAAUAAUCCAUGAAAGCUUUAUGCAAAGAGAAUAAUCCAUGAAAGCUUUAUGCAAAGAGAGUCAUCGGAUUAGAAUUUGAAAUCCCUUGAGUAAUAUUUUUCAACUUGUGAAGGAUGAUUCAUCAACAGAACUUUCAGAAAAUAUCCCUCAAAUAUUGCUAUGACAAAAUGGUUAAUAGCAUUUCUAUAAUUUGUUAAUUGAUUGUACGAAUUCUCAAAAGUUCCAGCCAUUUUGCUGAUGAACUGGUUCAAGACAAGUACUAACUGAUAGUUAGUUUAGUUAUAUGUCCAAAAUGCUCAGAAAA